UUUUUGAACGAAGUCAGAUCAGAGACACUAACCUCUAAAAUAUUAAAAGUUGAAACACCAAACAAAACCCAGUGAUAAAGUUCAAAAGAAUUUUAAUUAUCAAUGAUCGUCCUAUUUUAGAUUAAUAACAUUUUUAACCGCAGAUAAUAUUAUUCAAUUAAAAGAUACGAUUCAAAUAGAAACAUGUUUCGAUCAAUUCUUAAUUCAAGAAUUACUCUCAAUGGAAGCCAAUCCAUGAUCAAAACAAUAUGUUCAUCGAAGAUGUCCAGUGAGGCUUGCUCGCAGUAUAAGACUUUGAAAUUGACCGUUGAAAAGCCAUUCGUCUACCAUGUGCAGCUGCAGAGGCCUGACAAAUACAAUGCUAUGAAUCAAACCAUGUGGAUUGAAAUCGGGAAGUGCUUCCAAGAACUAGCUUAUAAUGGUGACUGUAGAGUGAUCAUUCUAUCAGGAAUUGGGAAACACUUCACAACAGGAAUUGAUUUAAUGGAUAUGUCAAAAAUAGCUGCCGAGUUGGCAGAUCAAGAUGAUGUAGCUAGGCGAUGUAAGAUUCUCAACAAAAUGAUUCAUUUAUAUCAAGACUCGAUAACAUCUCUAGAAAAGUGUAAUAAACCAGUUAUUGGAGCAAUACAUGGAGCAUGUAUUGGAGGAGGGGUGGACUUGAUCUGUGCCACUGACAUUAGAUAUUGUACUGAAGAUGCUUGGUUUCAAGUGAAGGAGGUUGACAUAGGCAUGGCUGCGGAUGUUGGAACUCUGCAACGGUUGCCACGUAUUGUCGGAAGCGCCAGCUUCGUGAAUGAGUUGGCUUUCACCUGCCGCAAACUUCAAGCCAGUGAAGCCAAAGAAAGUGGCCUUGUGAGCAAAGUUUUCAACAACGUUGAAAGUUUAUUGCAAGGAGCAAUUGAGCUUGGUGUUGUCAUCGCUGAGAAAAGUCCCGUUGCUGUGCAAGGAACCAAGAGAAAUCUGAUCUACUCGAGGGAUCACACUGUUCAAGAAGGCCUGGACCAUAUUGCCGACUGGAAUCAGACGAUGCUGCAAAGCGAUGAUUUUAUGAAUGCGACAGUCGCUCAGGCCACUAAAAGUCCUCCACCAACAUUCUCAAAGUUGUAAUUCAUAAAUAGGAGAAAUCCCACCUCAAAUGUAAAAUACAGUAUUUAUCAUUUUUAUAUCAAACAACGUAGAAUAAUCAAGAACUUCAUAAAUGUCACGGUAGGUAACGGUACAGUUUAGUACAGUUUUGUGUGUUUUUAAUUACUUCUUGAUCAGUUUUAGCUGUUACACAUGCCGUAUAUUCCCUCAUUUGUGUAACUCUUCCACCCUUUCAAUGUACUCUAUAGAAUUUAUUUUAUUCGAUAAUAUCAUUUUUCUCAACGAAAACAGUGAUUCAGUCUAUCCCAAUCCAAAAAUCCAAACCCAAUUUUCAAAAGUUUGAGAUGUUUUCGAUCCCUCAAAAAAUUUUAAGUUCUAUUACUAUUUCAAUUCAGUUUGAAAUCUGUUAAGUUCUUCAUUGUAUGUCAGUUUUCAUUUGCAACUUAGAAUGUUCAUAUUUCCUUGUCUUUUUGAUAGAAACAAUAUUAAAGACUGAACGGUUAUCUGUGUAAUGGUAUCCAAGCACGAAUGAUGUGAUAUAUUAGAUCUACACAUUUUCUCUUGAAAUGAAUAAAACAAUUUUUUAUCGUUGUUGGAAUUGUAUAAAUAAAAGCUUAUUUUCCUUAAUAUGAA